AUGGCUCCUCGAGGCGCAUCACGCGCUCUGCCUCUCUUCCUCUUCGCGACGGCUAUCGUCGUCCUCGCCGCCUCUCACGGCGCGAGUGCCGGGAAGGUGGUGAAAAAACCCUUCGUGCCGGGCCAGAUACUGCGCAAAUGCGGAUGGUCCAGCUUGGGCGACUACACGUCAUCGUUCCUCGUCUAUCCCAACGUGCAUCUGCAUUGGAGGAGGGUCGACAGCGACACGGUCAAAUUCGCGUUUCACAUGACCAAGGGUCCCGGGACGGGCAACGGGUGGUUCGGCGUCGGCUUUUCCAAGGACGGCAAGAUGAACGGCGAUGCGAUCAUCGCGGAGAGCAUGCGCGCCGGCGCGCCCAAGCUGCUGACACUCGACGGCCACAGCAGCGCGACUGACGCGACUGGGUGGGCGCCGACGGGACUGAAGAUCACCAAGACACCCUCGGGAACCACCAUCGAGUUCACUCGCACCACGUCGGACGGCGGCGAGGUGGCGCUGAAGCCCAAGGGCAACAACUACAUCACGUGGGCCUUCGCUAAGACCACGUGGUCGGAAUCCACCCGCCACGCCUUCUCCGGCCAUGCGGUGGUCGACCUCUCCUCCAAUGGCUGCUUGGACAACUUCCUUCUAGGCGCCUCAAUCUUUAAUCGUCGCUCCCCCCAUCCCCUUCUUCCCUUCUCCCCCGCUCCCCCGCCCCCCCACAUCCCCCCACUCGCAGCGGUCAUGCGGUGGUGGACCUCUCCUGCAAUGGCUGCUCGGGCGUUGUCCGCAAGGUGCUCUGCCAGACGUUUAAUUGAACCGUUCAGGCGUUGA